AUGCCUCUCUUACAAUCGCUAUACGCCCUUUACAGGUGGUUCUUCCCCGACCCGACCCCAGCAGCCCCAAAUUGUCCGAUUCUCGGGCUACCAGACGAGCUCGUCCUCUGCAUUACGGGCCACCUUGCCGCCCAUGACCAGUUUCUUCUUACACAAACUUGUCGGACUAUGCGGCGGCUGGUAUCUCGCGACUGGAACGAGUACUUGCGUUCCCGGUCCUUGUCUGAGAGAAACAACUUCCUCAUAGCUGUUGCCUACGGCUCUCCAUAUCAUUGGGCCUGCGAAACUUGCGGCCGGCUACACACCAUCGAUCCGGACGAUUUGCCCUCGGUGAGCAGAUCGCCUACUUGCGUCCAGCCAAUCGAAUAUGGGGCACGUAUCUGGGCCAGAUACUAUCUCGAGCACCAUCACAUCCAGCUUGCCCUGAAGCUGUAUGGCCGAGGAGUCAAUACAAACUAUCUCGAAGGAUUAUUGACUACUCAUCAUUAUACGACCAUCAGCUCUGACCUGACCAUCUCAUAUACCGCCCGCCCCCGGAUUGCCGAAGGACACUUCCUCUUGCGCGAGAGAAUAAUCGUCGGAAACGGGAACAACCGAGCCACAUACUCCAACAUGCAGCACAGUUGGAUGACCAUCUGCCCACACAUGGCCAUGGUAGACAGCCCGUGGGACUAUCGAGGAAUGGUGGCGUGGCUUCACCAAACAGCAGAGCUGUACCAGGCCGUGACCCAGGCGAUCCUCCAUCCCGGGCAGGAGAUACAUCGCCAUUGCAGGUGGUGCCCGACCGACUAUUCGGCCUUCUAUCACCAGCGCCAUGGGCAGCUCGUUUUCAGCGCCUGGCAUGACUUUGGUGCGUAUGGCUCUGUUUCGAAUCCUUACUGGAGCUCUCAGGCGCGGCGCCAGACCGGUCGUGGUCACCAACUACCUCCGCGGUUUAGUCGAAUGCCAGGGGCGAGCCGCGCUGCAUACACGAAUAGACGUUUAUGGAGGCUAUGA